UGGUGAUUGUUUACAUUCAAGAAACGGCAGACAAAGAAUGGCGAGAGUUUGGCCGCACAGAGGUGAUUGAUAACACACUCAACCCUGACUUUGUCCGCAAGUUUGUACUUGACUAUUAUUUCGAGGAAAAGCAGAACCUGCGUUUCGAUGUUUACAAUGUGGAUUCCAAAACGUGCAACCUGCCCAAGAGUAAGGACUUCUUAGGCCAGGCCUUUGUGGCCUUGGGGGAGAUCAUUGGCUCCCAAAGAGGUCGCCUGGAACGGAACCUUACGGGAAUUCCAGGGAAGAAAUGUGGUGCCAUAGUGCUGUAUGCUGAAGAGCUCAGCAAUUGUCGGGACAUUGUCACCAUGCAGUUGUGUGCCAACAAGCUGGACAAGAAGGAUUUCUUUGGCAAAUCAGAUCCCUUCCUUGUUUUCUACCGCAGCAACGAAGACGGCACGUUCACCAUCUGCCACAAGACAGAGGUGGUGAAGAACAAUCUGAAUCCUGUGUGGCAACCGUUUUCCAUCCCUGUCCGCUCCUUGUGCAAUGGAGACUACGACAGGACCGUGAAAAUCGACGUCUAUGACUGGGACCGGGAUGGCAGGUUUCGAACCCUAGGAAGAAGUGCAAGAAAAAGAAGUACAUUAACUCGGGGACUGUAACCCUUCUGUCAUUCACAGUGCAGUCAGAAUUCACCUUUGUUGAUUACAUUCGAGGCGGGACGCAACUGAAUUUUACUGUCGCCAUUGACUUCACGGCCUCCAAUGGGAACCCUUCACAGCCCACUUCUCUUCAUUACAUGAGCCCUUAUCAACUCAGCUCCUAUGCCAUGGCACUGAAAGCAGUUGGCGAAAUCAUCCAGGAUUAUGACAGCGACAAACUUUUCCCUGCUUAUGGCUUUGGUGCCAAGGUCCCACCAGACGGCAAAGUGUCUCAUCAGUUCCCUUUGAACAAUAACCCAGACAAUCCCAACUGCGAGGGCAUCGAAGGAGUAUUGGAAUCCUACUUCCAAAGCCUACGGACCGUGCAGCUCUACGGACCCACCAACUUUGCACCUGUCAUCAACCAGGUGGCCUGUUUGGCUGCCCAGGUCACUGAUGGCUCUCAGUAUUAUGUUCUUCUCAUCGUCACCGAUGGAGUGAUUUCCGACAUGCUGCAGACUAAAGAAGCCAUUGUCAGUGCUUCUUCCUUGCCCAUGUCUGUCAUCAUCGUGGGAGUGGGCCCUGCUGAGUUUGGGGCUAUGGAAGAGCUGGAUGGAGAUGAAGUACGGGUCUCCUCCAGGGGCCGUUAUGCUGAGAGAGACAUUGUACAGUUUGUGCCCUUCCGAGACUACGUAGACCAUUCCGGCAACCACAUUUUAAGCAUGGCACGCCUGGCGAAAGAUGUCCUAGCUGAAAUCCCAGAGCAGCUGCUUUCAUACAUGAAGACCCGGGACAUCAAGCCUCUUUCUGCUAGACCACAGUAGCUCUGUCUUCUCCACAGCCUGAAGCCAAUGCAGAU